AUGUCUUACAUCACUGUCCUCCAUAUUCCAUCACUGCGGAAUGGCAGGCAGCUGCACGCAAAGGUGGCACAUCAAGUCGACCGCUGGGCGGCACUACGGCCAACGCGCACUUUUCUGACCGGAUUACCGGACGUCGAGUGUCCUUGUGCUAAUCAUCCCUCUCCCCCACACCCACCCGGAAGUGCGCUGACGUGGGGUGGACUGGGGACACCAUCAAUUCGUCGUUGCUUCACAUCGGAUCCGGUCACGGAGAUUAGUGAUGAAGGGGCCAGGAAUAGACCAGCUCGCUUAACAAACACGGCGAAGGCUUGGAAAGACGAAGGUAGCGGGAUCCCGUUGUCGAAACCCACCAGUCUGAGCCCGGUGGAUGGAGCUGUGUGCAGUGUCACACAAGCAGCAACACAGGUGUUCCUGUGGUACACAAACCAGCACUCCUACAUUCGACGGACUCUGCUGUCUUCAUUCAGCCCCCUCUGGUGUCCGUUCAUGAUUCCCGAGGCGUCAUUCACUUGGGCAUGCGCGUUCAUCAUAACAUUUGAUUGGCUGAUCACAACCUUGCACAACUUCACCACGGCUGUCUUGCUACCAGUUGUGCGAAUGCAAAGUUGUGCUGCUCAUCAUGGCGAAACGUUCCAAAGCCUCUUCUUCUACUUCGACAGUCAUAAAUCUCUGCUGCUGCAGCUGCGACCGCAAUCCAAGACAGCGCGUGUUCCACGUGGUUCAGGUGAUAGCGACCAGAUCUACCGAACCAUCAUCUUCAACAUUCCCAUGGAAUCAGUGUCUGUUCUUCGAACACACCAGUCUGAUGCACGUGAAAUUAGGACGGAAGAUCGUAAAGUGCGGCAAGCAUUUCACAUUGUGGCAACCGGCAACCGAAUUUCGCGUCCAUUUACUUCUCUUCCCACUCCAAUGCCCUUUCUUCUCAGUCUCGAUCAAGCUCAUUUCCGGUUGACCGACCUCGACCGACAUAAUCCGCGUCUCACUCGAUCUGUACUCCUCCCACCCACAUGCGAUUCACCAUCAUGUGGGAACAAGUGCGACUGCGGCUUGUCCGCAAACCAAAACACGUCUUUAUCACAUCUUUCACUCCACUCUCCAACUCACUCCUAA